AAUAAACUGAUCGGAAAACGAAAGUAGAGUUCUCUGUCAUAACAUAUGAGUUUUCAUUGUUGACGUAAAUAUGUUGAGUUUAUUGCAAUGAAAAUUUUAUAUUAAAAUUUCAUUCAAACUAUACAUGUUAAAAUUUUAAGAUACUGUAACAAUCAUUUCUUAAUGCAAUAUUUCCGAAAUUUUUAAUGGACAAUGUCAAAAUUCCUCUUAAUUUUAAAUUAAAAUUUAGGUAAGAAUUUUUUUUAAAAAGGCCCGAAAUGGACAUCCCUACUCUCCAUUGUAAAUCUGAGACAAAUUGAUUUCAUUGAGAUUUUACAGAAGAUUUUCUUAAAAAUAAUUCCUAUUCCACGUAGAAAUUUAUUUUAAACAAUGUCAGAACCUACUGAUUCAAAACUCGUAAUUCCAUUCAUGCCAUCACUUUUCCACUUUUCUGUGGUAAAAGUAGCUUUAAUAUUGUCCAAACAUAUUGAUGCCAUAACUGGCUUUAUACUCUUUAAAGAAAUGAGGCGAUUAGGUCCGAAAAAAUUUCAUGAAGCUAUCUAUAACUCUAAGGUAAAUAAAGCAAAGGAAAAGUUACUUAUCGUUCCUGCACAUUUAAGAGAGAAUGUAGUGCAGGCAAUUCUAGGCUUGGAUGCUGCUGUUACAGAAUGGCAUUCGGACCAUGAAGGUUUAUGGCGUUUAAAGAAUAUAGAGGAAAUCUUUCAAUGGAAAUCUGAUGGGGCAAUUGACAGAAUUAAAACAAUGCAGCAAUUGGUUCUAAAAAAAGAUGUUGAUAUCGUUUUGAAGUUUUAUUGGGCAUGCAGUUACUUUUUGGAAGAAAGUAUAAAGACUUUGUGGGCAGAAAUGAAGGUAUGCGAUAGAUGGUCAAUACCUGGUAAUCCCUUUACACGAUUUUGGGUUAGAAGGAUGCAAGAUGGAUGUGGGGUUCAAUGGAUAAAGGACAUUCCAGAAUACCUACAGCUUUCUGGAGAAUAUCCCAACUGUACCUUUGGUGCAUUUUUUCCUUUCUUGCAGCUGCAAGAGAGGGAGAAGUUUCUUUCCUCUAUAACAAAGACUACAAAUGAUGAUUUUCUUUUAUGUAUGUAUGGAGCAACUAAAGAAGAAGAAAUGCAAAUAUUAAAGAUGGAGGCUUUCAAACUCCUUGUUGUCUAUUUGAAUUGGCCGCUGCAAAAUUUGUUUCUACAAAUAGUGGAAAAGAUGUGGCCAUUUAUUGAUUAUCCUGUUUUUGAAAAAGUACUACAUACUAUAUUCUCGUACAAAGUGAAGAAGCAAGAUUUCGAUUAUGAACAACUUUUGGUGGAUAUGUUGGCAAAAAGUCCAAAGGACUUCAAAGAAAAGGCAAAUGCAAGCCAAUACCUCUCUCGCCAAAUUUAUUUCUGUUUUGAAUCAGUAAGGAUGAGGAAAAAAUGUUAUAAUGCCAAUUCCAAAUUAAAUUAAAAAAAGAAAAGAAAUUAAUUACAUGCUAACUGGCUGGUAUUGGAUAUGGUGAUAGCUAUUUAACUAACUCUUUUUUCUAAAAGGAGAUGAAGGAUGCACCGUAGAUAUGGGGUUCAAUGGAUAAAGGAUGCUCAUAAAUACCUUGAUCUUUAUGAACAAUAUCCAACGUAUACCUUCAGUGCAUUCUUUCCUUUCUUGCAGCCACAAGACAGGAAGAAGUUUCUUUCCUCUAUAACUAAGACUACAUAUAAUGAUUUACUUUUCUGUGUGUGUAUGGAGCAAAUAAAGAAGAUAAAGUGUAAAUAUUUAAGACAGAGGCUCCCAAACUCUUUCUUCUCUAUUUAAAUUGGAUGCUGCAGAAUUUCUUUCUACAAAUGGUGAAAAAGAUGUGGAAUUUUAUUGAUUAUCCUCUUUUUAACGAAGUAGUACAUACUAUCUUCUCAUACAAAUUGAGGAAGCAGGAUUUUUAUUAUGAACAACUUUUGGGAAUGAUGCCCAAAUAACUUCAAGGAAAAGGCAAAGGCAUGUCAAUAUCUCUCUCGCCAAAUUCAUUUCUGUUUUAAUUCUGUAAGGAUGAGGAAUAACAUAACUUUAUCCAUUCUAAUUUAAAUUUUUUUUAAAAAGUUAGUUAUAUGCUAACAUACCAGUAUUGGAUAUGGUGGUAACUUUUUAACUAAUUUUUUUUUUUUUUUUUUUUUUUGCUAA